CAUGUCACUCUGGGAGGGAGACAGCAGCAACUAAGCUGUGCAAGGUUUUUUUUUUUUCUUUUCCCCCUUUUCUUUUUCUUUCUUUCUUUUUUUUUUUCUUUUCUUUCUUUCUUUCUUUCUCCCUCUCCCUCUCUCUUUUUUUCUUUUUCUUUAAGGUGGGGAAAGAGACAAACAGGAGACAGGAAGCUGAUCUGCAAGGAUUCAGAGUUGUGCUCAAAGGACUUUGAUUUUCCCCCCCCCCCUUUUACAAACGCUGGCAAUUGACAUCACUACAGAGAGCCUGGUUACAGAGCAAACUGCCUCAUCCCAAGUGGACCCCGGCAACUGGGGGCAUCCAGGCGAGAGCUGGGGAAGCUCUGUGUGGGUUUUUUUUUUUUUUUUUUUCCUACAGAUCUCACUCCCCACCCUUUUUUGCUUCUUUUGGUGCGAUUUUUUGUUUUGCUUUUUUAAAAACAUUCUUGCUGUGUUGGAACUAGCGAGUGGUGGAGUCUCUGAAGCCUCAUCAGUCAUCGGGACUGUCAGGAAUAGUGGUUUAAGAGGAAGCUCGGCCUGGGGCACUAUACCCUGUCAUCCAGUUCCCUGCCUCGGAGAUAAAGAUUCCAGCUACAUGGGCAAACGCCUGGAUCAGCCACAAAUGUACCCCCAGUACACUUACUACUAUCCUCAUUAUCUCCAAACCAAGCAGUCCUAUGCACCAGCUCCCCACCCCAUGGCUCCUCCCAGCCCCAGCACAAACAGCAGCAGCAACAACAGCAGCAACAGCAGCGGGGAACAGUUGAGUAAAACCAACCUGUACAUUCGAGGCCUCCCACCCGGCACCACUGACCAGGACCUAAUCAAGCUGUGCCAACCGUAUGGAAAAAUUGUAUCUACAAAGGCAAUUCUUGACAAAAACACGAAUCAGUGCAAAGGUAUGUGUGAGGCCAUUGGUGCUCUGAGUUCUUGCCUAUGCUGUUCGGUGGAUAACUUCUCCAUCACAGAAGUCCAAGGCACCAGCUGUGUGAUGAUCACAAUGUACAGUAUAUGGCAAACCUCUUUAAUAAUGCCAAUGCUUUGA